GCGAUCGGAGCGCUCGGCCCGGUUCGGCCGCUUUCGGGCGUAUUCGGGCUCUGCCCGUUCGGGCCGACGAAAGGGAAUUCGGGAGCGAUCGGAACAGACUCGGCACAGUUCGGCUCCUCCCGCGUCCGCCUCAGCCGCCUUCGGGCACUAUCGGAAAAGGACUCGAGCGAGCUCGGGAUUCUUCGACCCGCCGGGCCGGGCCGCUUCGGGGACUCGGCCCCGUUCGGGCGGGCUCGGGCUCCCCGCCCGAUCUGUCAGGUACCGCUUCGGGCCGCGUUCCGGCGGGCUCGGCUCGGCCGCCUCCCGCCUUGGGAUUGGCCAGCCGGCGGGGAACCAUCGGACGCGGCCUGCAAAGGCUCGGGACACUUCGGGUACCAUCGGAAACGGUUCGGAAACGCUCGAUUCCGCCCGGGAAGCACCUUCGGAACCGCUCGGGCCAGCUCGGCACCGCUCGGCCGCCCGCCUAAAAGCGCUCGAGUGACCUCUGGGAACGCUGUGUCGCCCCCCCCCACCCGCGACCCUCCUCAGCGUAGGCCGACGGGGAAGCGGCCGGCGCCGGGGCCCGCUCGGGCGGGCUCGGUUCCCCUCUGCCCGCCUCGGAUGGAGGACGCCGACUCGUCGGCGAAGCAACUGGGCUUAGCGGAGGCGGCGGCCGCAGUGGCGGCAGCGGCCGCGGAAGGACCCAAGCAGCAGCAGCAGCAGCCGCCGCCGCAAUUGGUGGCCACGAAGGCGGAGCCGGAGGCCUCGGAGGAGGAGGCGGCGGCGGUGACAGUGAUGGCGGCAGAGCCCUUGCCCAGCGCCGACGAGGCCGCCGCCGCCUUCGCAGAAGUCACCACCGUGACAGUAGCCAACGUUGGUGCCUCUGCAGACAAUGUUUUCACUACAUCCGUGGCAAAUGCAGCUUCAAUUUCAGGACACGUGUUGUCUGGGAGAACGGCCCUGCAGAUUGGGGACAGCUUGAAUACUGAAAAAGCCACUCUCAUAGUGGUUCACACAGAUGGCAGCAUCGUGGAAACCACGGGGCUGAAGGGGCCAGCAGCACCUCUCACACCAGGACCGCAAUCUCCUCCUACCCCUUUAACAUCUGUCCAAGAGAAAACUGGAACCAAGUAUAACUGGGACCCAUCCGUGUAUGAGAACGAGCUCCCGGUGCGGUGCCGGAAUAUCAGUGGGAUUCUGUAUAAAAACAGACUCGGCUCAGGAGGCCGUGGGAGGUGCAUUAAGCAAGGGGACAACUGGUACAGCCCCACUGAAUUUGAAGCGAUGGCGGGGCGAGCCAGCAGCAAAGACUGGAAGAGGAGCAUCCGCUACGCGGGGAGGCCCCUGCAGUGCCUUAUUCACGAUGGGAUUUUAAAUCCUCACGCCGCCUCGUGUACUUGUGCUGCCUGCUGUGACGACAUGACUCUGAGUGGCCCCGUACGACUCUUUGUACCGUAUAAAAGGCGGAAAAAAGAAAAUGAAAUGCCUGCAGCUCCAGCGAAGAAGGAUUGCCCCAAGAACAUCACUCUGCUUCCUGCCACAGCUGCUACUACAUUCACGGUGACUCCUUCUGGACAGAUCACUACCUCCGGCGCUCUGACGUUUGACCGUGCCUCAACGGUGGAAGCCACAGCAAUUAUCUCAGAAAGUCCAUCCCAGGGUGAUGUUUUCACUGGAGCCACUGUUCAGGACACCAGUGUCCAGCCUCCGUGCCGGGUCACUCACCCAGAGCCUCAUUAUCCCAGUUACCAGGACAACUGUCAGAUCUCACCUUUUCCUGAAGCUGCGUUGCCAACCUCUCAUCCCAAAAUUGUGUUAACACCACUCCCUGCCCUGGCGGUGCCCCCCACGACCCCCACCAAAGCCAUAUCCCCUUCGGUGGUGAACGGGCUGGAAGUGACGGAGCAGCGGAGCUGGCUCUACCUGGAAGAGACGGUCAAUUCGCUGCUCAACACUGCCCAGCAGCUGAAGACUCUCAUUGAACAGGCCAAACAGGCCAGCUCCUCCUUCCGCGAGGCCGCUGUCACACAAGCAAAGAUUCAAGCUGAUGUGGAGAGGAAAGAGCAAUAUCAGAACCAGUUAUUUCAGCAGACAGAAGAUGUGGAUGGGAAGACAGAAAUCAUCAUCAAGCAAUCCUGCGUCAACUGCGGUCGGGAGGCGAUGAACGAGUGCACAGGGUGCCACAAAGUCAACUACUGCUCCACUUUCUGCCAACGGAAGGACUGGAAGGACCACCAGCACAUCUGCGGCCAGUCGGCCACGGUGACGGUACAGGCGGAUGAGGUGCAUGUCGCAGGCAGCGUCAUGGAGAAGGUCUCUGUCUGAGCACAUCUACCUUUGACCACUGGUGAGCAUCGUGGUGUGACCGGCUGGAUCGGGCACCCUCUGCAAACCACACUCCUCUCUCCAGCAAACGCCUUUGUGAAAGACUUUUUGAUACUGUGACAGCGUUUGCCAACUCCUCAUCUUCUUCCAAAACUUCCAGUGAUGCAGAGACUCUGAAAACCUCAUCUGGAAAACACAAACCCACCAAACCGCAACCGAGCAGCCAGGAGCCACCUUCGCUGAAGGGAGCUGUGACUGUGCCAGGCUGGAACCUCCGCCGUGUGGGUAACAGCCAUCUCCUCAUCUCUCUGGAGAUGGAGCUAACGCAGGUGCUGCAAUGAGAUUUGCCAGUGUUUCCCUCUGCCUCCCUGCCUCUCCUUUGAAAACAGAAACAAACCUUCAUUUGGUUUACUUAAUUGCCUUGAAAGAGUCAAUACAAGUUCUUAGUUUGCCAUUAGGAGGACUUCUUUUUCCCAUGUUCCCUCUCUGCUGGGCAAAUUUGGAACACACUGGAGCUUCUCCACUUGAAUAGAAGUCAAAAACAACAAGUUGUUAAAUAAAACGGGG